UCCUGAGAAUGUGUGGAAUCCAUGGUCUUCAGUGAUCUGCACUGAAGUCAUUCACAGUAACUCAGGAGUGUUUAAUCUUUAUCACUGACAUCCCUCUGCCUAUUAUUUUUGCUCUGGUCUAGAUAAUGUUGACUAAUACUAAUACAUUGUUGUGUGUUUAUCCAUGUCUGAUUUGUCUACUCGAUUUCCUUCAUUUAUCUGUCUUCGCGAGUUUCAUAAUUUAAAAAAAAACAAUGUAGUAAUUGGUUUCCAUCAUAGCAAUACAAGUAAGAACAGUUAUCACUGUGUUCAAAGAACUCAGUGUUGUGCUGGUGUCUUUAGAAACUAUUUUGUCGCUUCAGUGAAGAUUUUUUAGUGGUGUGUUUUAGGAAUUAGAUACUCAACAAGUUGUAGCUUUUGACGCAUUAGCAUUCUUUUUAAAUCAGUCUUAGCAAUCUGUUCAUGAAUCUCUCCAUCUCUGUGGUCUCAAAAUUAAUCACACUCAUUCAGGCAUUUUUAAUCUAUUUCACCCUGUCAGUGUAUAUAUAAAUAUAUAUGUAAAACUGAAAAUUCCCUUCACACCUGUCAGUGAGAGAGUACUAUGGUUAACAUUCUAAGCGCGCGAUUAUAUUCAACGUCAUAAGUAUGACGACAUUUCUGUUUUACUUAACUCAGAAAUCCGAUAUUUUUUACUUUCAUUUUUGUAAUUAGGCUCAUCAAAUACUGAAGGUAAACUACUAGUUGGUGCAAACGAAUCGUGCUCCUCCGAUCAUAACACCAGCUGUCGGACACAGAUCACCGGGUCAUUGGUUUCUGGGACGGAGACACGAUCUGUUGUGUCAGACCUAAUGUCUCAAAAGGACAUUUUUUCGUUGUACUAUCGUCCUGUUCCUCAGAAAUCAAAAGUGCACUCUACCCGUCAUUCCCAUAAUAGCCUAACAACCUAUUCUAACAAUGAAGCACGACAUUCAAUUUCAAAGCAUCGGGGAGGUCAUUCUAGUCAUAGCUGUGCAUUAUCAGCUAGUGAGGUUUCAAAUAGUAAAUCUGGGCGUAUCAGCCAGCUGGCAAAUCGGGUUGAAAAUCUCCUCAUACAGGAUCCUAAGAAUAUCUUGCACAGUGGUAAAUCUCAGACAGCUUAUUACCCUGUCAUACUAGAAUCGUCAGACGACAGUUCUGCUUCCAGUAUUCACAGAAAAUCAAGUGUCAGCAAUUCAAGUCCCACUAAAACCGUCUUGUCAUCUCCUUGGUAUCGUCACUGCCGACCGAAAGCUCCCUUUCCCAUACUUCCAUUACCUACUAAAAACUGCUUGGAAAAUGAAUACUGUUGUUCUGAAUUGUAUAAAAGCAGUAGCAGUAGUGGAGAUGAUCAUCAGGAAGUUGCGUGCGAAAAGCUAUUUAAACCUGUACCGUGUUAUCCUUCUUCAUCACCUCUGCGGUCAGUACAACAUUCAAACAUCUCGCAGAUUGAAGUAGACGUUAGUCAAGAAAAUAUUUUCUGGCCUCCUGACUUACCACUACCUCCAUCUUCUAUCCCCGCUUCCGCUGAUGUUGAUUUAACACUGAUGAAUCGUUCUUACUCAUUACCAUCUCCCCUUGAGAAUAAUGAUGAUGAGUCAAAUUUGAUUUCGGAAACAAUGACAUCUUAUUCAGAUGAAAUCACUUUGAAACCCUUGGCCCCUAUAACUAAUAUUUUACCGAAUGGAGGGAUCUUUACGCAAUCUCCUGAUCAAGAGCUUCUUUGUCAAUCUACCUUAAACAAUCCUCAUUUGGCACGCCCUACAGUUUUGAAACGUGGAGCACCUGAUGGUGCUGAACAAUGUACAGAAGUUGCUGACAAUUCGGAGCUUAAAAAAGUUCCACCAACUGAAGAAUACGAUCCACUAUCGGCGAUGAAACGUAAUUCUCAUUGGGAUUUUCAUAAUGAAGAAUAUUCACCUAAAAAAAGUCGUGUGCAUUUACUGUUGCCAAGUGAGUGCAGUGCAUUCCUUCCUGUUCAAUCAACUCGUCAACUACGUCAUCAUAUCCAUUGUAUUUCUCCACCGUGUUUACGAUAAUUACUUUACUUGAAUAUAUAAUUUUUUGGUUACAUAACUAUGCACACUGCGCAAAGUUAUACUUGGUCUUUCACAGUUUACAUUCAUACUAUUUCUUAUUGUACAGUGUUAUACAAUAUCUAUUUUUAUUAACAUUAUUUUGUUCUAGUUGUCUUUAGUGAUGGUGUCGUUAUUUUUGACAUAUAUUAUUAUUAGUAGUAGUAGUGUUUUUUGUUUUCCUACUUGUUUAUUUAUUCAUUUGAUUUUUCUGUUUUCUUUGUCACUAUCUACAUUUUCACACUGUACAACUUUGUUCUUACAGUGUUUUAUAAAAAAUAAUAUUUCUAUCAAUAUUAUCAUAUAUAUAUGCUGUGUUCAUUCCAACUUAUCCAGUUCUAAGUAUAAGAACACAAAGGAGGUAAAAGGAAAGUUAUGAACUAUAUUUGUCAGUAUUUUACUUGUACAUUUCCCAUAUUUUUUUUCUUAUUGUACAUUAUUUACUCUGUUCAGUUCAAUUGUUUAUUUAUUAAUUUAUUUAAUUUUUCUUUUGAAUAUUUUUCAAUCCUGUUUCUUUUUUUUACACAGUAAGUGUAUACUGUUUAAUGCAUACACAUAAUUUUUAAAAAUAGAGUUCAUCUUUGUAUAAGUG